ACAGCCAGACAAAGCAAGUGGCACCCAGAGAGGAAAUUUUGGACCUUUGGGUAAGGAGAAGUUUGGGAUCCAUCCAGAAACUACCCAGCUAGUACCUUACCUCCUGGUAAAGGAACCAUUGUUGGAGGCCAGCUGCAAUGUGGACUCGAGCCCUGUCAAUUUAUCUAACCUGCAGUCUCAGGUGAAUGAUGUGAAGGGGAUCAUGACACAAAAUAUUGAAAAGGUUCUGGACAGAGGAGAGAGGCUGGAUGACCUCAUUAUUAAAACAGAUGAUCUCCAAGCCACAGCUGAUUCUUUUCAGAAAACAUCCACAAAAAUUGCAAGGAAGAUGUGGUGGAAAAACACCAAAAUGAUUAUUAUCAUUGUAGUAAUUGUGGUGGUGAUCGUCAUCCUUAUCAUCCUCUUUGCAACUGGUGUCAUCCCAACGUAGGUCCCACCACGACUUCCCACUGAUGGACUCGAACAUUUUCACCUUUCUGUAUAUAAUGUGAUUAUCCCAUCUAGAAACUAUAAGGAAGCUUUGUAAGAUGAUGUAUGUAAAAUAAAUAGUAGAAAAUGGAUAAUAAAACUAUUACUAUUUGAAAUUA